UUGACUGCAUUGACUGUGCUGCUGAUGCAUCAGUGGUUAGCGCUGUGAACGAAGGAAUUGAAGCCGCAACAGAAAUCGCAGGUCUUCAGAAGAGGCCUUGGGUUAUGAUCAGUGUCAAUGAUGAUAAAGAUCUUCAUUUUCGUAAAGCCGAAUUUGAUCCAGAAGACUGUCCAGCAGAUUGUUCUCGCCCUUGCGAAAUUGUGUGCCCUGCUAAUGCAAUAUCAUUCCUAGGGAAAUCAGCAUCUGGAACUUCAUCUAAUACUGAAUUACCAAGAAUUUUAGUGGAUGGAGUCAUAACAGAACGCUGCUACGGUUGUGGCCGUUGCCUUCCGGUUUGCCCCUAUGACAAAAUAAGAGAGGUAACAUAUGUAAGAGAUGCCGCGACAACUGCUGAUCUCCUCAGGAGGGAUGAUGUUGAUGCUAUGGAGAUACAUACAAGUGGGAGGCAGAGUGCACAAUUCAAAGAGCUCUGGUGUGCUUUAGGGGAUUCAGUAGAAAACUUAAAGUUAAUAGCAGUUAGCUUACCUAAUGGUGGAGCUUCAACAAUAUCCUCUAUGAAUGAGAUGUUCUCCAUUAUGAAACCAAAUCUUCAAUGCUUCAACUUAUGGCAGUUGGACGGCCGGCCGAUGAGCGGAGACAUCGGGAGAGGAGCAACCAAGGAAACAAUCGCCUUUGCUAUCGAAUUGGCAAAAGCGAUAAACCGACCUCCCGGUUUCCUUCAACUUGCUGGUGGCACUAAUGCUCACACAAUUGAUGGAUUGAGAAAAAAAGGACUAUUUCAAACAACAUCUAUUGCAGUUGAUUCGUCGAAUUCGGCAGACGCCUUAAUCGGCGGUAUAGCUUACGGAGGCUAUGCACGGAAGAUUGUUGGUAGAGUAUUGAGAUCAAUGCAAUCUGAAUAUGGGGGAGCUGCUAGAAUAGAGGAUCAUCCUCAACAUCUUUUGAUGGCUCUUAAGGAAGCACUUGCUUUAGUUGGACCUGUUAAAUGUUCAUGAUCUCCAUAACUUGUUCACAAUCACAAUCAGUGGUUGGUAGUUUAUAUUUGGAACUAUAGCAGUACUAGUACAGCAUAUAGGGUAAGGAAGAAUAAAAACCUUUUUUUUUUUUAUACCAAAGAUACGAGACUCGAACCCGCAACCUCUUAAUUGAGUAUGGGGAGACUAUGCCAUUUGAGCUAUUACUCAUUGGCAAGGAAGAAUAAAAACUUGUUAAAAAGGAUAAAAGAAAUGUCAUAGGAACAUAAUAAUACGAUUUAAUUACUUUAUUAGUCUUUA